AUGUGGUCUCCAUCUACAGCAUCAACUUCCAUGUUCAAGUGCAUGAUGGAAUUGCCCGCAAUUGUAAUUGAUAAUGGGCAUGUAGACAUAAACAACCCAAGACAAAAAAGGACGCAAGCUGAGAACUCGUGUCGUAGAUCAGGAUUCAUGAAAGCUGGUUACGGGGGCUAUCAAACACCCUCGACGUUAUUUCCCACGGUCGUUCAGUAUCCCUCCAGGACAUCACUGAACAUAGACACAGAUGAGUGGAAGUUGACAGGCCGUCAGUCGGUAUACAAUGUCGGCCACGCCGUUGACCUCGAUCACCCCCACGGAUCCCUCCGCCGCGCCCGUCACCCAAUCGAUGCAGGGGGAUACGUGACGAACUGGGAGGACGUGGAAACCAUCUGGAAACACAUCUUCUCCGAGUUGGGAGCCUCGGUCCCGCUGUCCCACCCGAUCCUCAUGACCGAGCCAAGCGGCUACCUUCUUGAGACUAUCCCCAUUCUAACACGGAACAACAACAUCACCAGCCAGCGCCUGGCAUCCCACGUCUUCGAGUCCCUCUCGGCGCCGGCGUACUACACCGCCGUCCCCGCGCUCCUGGCGACGUACGCCGCCAACCUCCCCACCGCGCUGGUCGUCGACUCGGGCUUCGCCGGCACCGUCACCGUGCCUGUCUACGAACACACGCCGAUCCGCGAGCGCGCCCGCCGCAACGACGUCGGCGGCCAGGCGAUCGACGACUGGCUGCGGCUGAACCUGACGAUGGGGGACCCCGGGCUGGAACUCCCCUCGAACAGCGCGUGGGAGGACGUCGUCCGGCUGUUCAAGUUUGAGCGGUGUCGCGUGGCGCAAGAUUUCGAAAGCGAGCUGACCGGGUGGACGAGGCGCAGGGAGGCCGGCGACGGAGAAGUGUGGAAAUUGCCUGACGGGGGGGAGGUGAAGCUCGACAGGCCGCUGGGAUGGCUGGCGGGGGAGAUUCUGCUCAACCCUGGGAUUCUGGGGCUGGACACCGGCGGACUGCAGCAUGAUGUUUUCAACGUCGUCAGGCGGUGUGACGCGAGCCUGAGGGAGGGACUGUAUGGGAAUAUCCUGCUCGCUGGAGGGAACUCCAUGUUCCCCGGGUUUGGCAGCAGACUGAGACACUGCCUCGAAGAAACGGAGGACAAGGGGACCAGGGUGAACGUCGUCGCCCCGCGGAACAGGGCGUACUCCGCGUGGGUCGGAGGCUCCAUGCUGAGCGAGUUGUCCGCGUUCGGGAGCAUGUGCAUCUUGAGGGCGGAAUACGAAGAAGUCGGCCCUGGGAUAGUAAACAGGAAAUGUCUCUGAUCCUCGUGCGUUUCCUCCUUUCUCUUUCCUCCCCCCCCC